AUUGCGCUAACUUGGAGUAUUUUACUGAUCUCUUCAAUCUCUCAUCACUAAAACUGUUCCCUCUUUCUCUCCUCAAAUUCAGAAGGAGAUUCUUUUGCAUGUAAUCCAACUGCUUCAUCAGCUCCAAAAUCGAGUUUUUUCUAUAGAAAGAUGGAGGCUGGAGGUGCGGCAGCAGAUUCAUUUCUGAGGAACUAUAGACUCGGGAAAACUCUUGGGCAUGGUUCCUUUGGGAAGGUCAAACUUGCGGAACAUGUACAGACCGGGCAUAAGGUGGCCGUUAAAAUCAUCAAUCGGCGGUUGAUGGGGGGUCCUGAAAUGGAAGAAAAGGUGAAAAGAGAAAUAACAAUAUGCCGAAUGUUUGUGCAUCCACAUGUGAUCCGCCUCUAUGAGGUCAUAGAGACACCAACAGAUAUAUUUGUUAUCAUGGAGCACGUGACGCGAGGAGAGCUCUUUGAUUAUAUUGUGGAAAGGGGCAGGCUGCAAGAAGAUGAAGCUAGACACAUUUUCCAGCAGGUUAUUUCGGGAGUGGAGUAUUGCCAUAGGAACAUGAUAGUGCAUCGUGACCUUAAGCCGGAGAACUUACUUCUAGAUGGAAAAGGCAAUGUGAAGAUAAUUGAUUUUGGAUUAAGCAACAUUAUGAGGGAUGGGCACUUUUUAAGGACAAGUUGUGGAAGCCCAAACUAUGCUGCCCCUGAGGUUGUUUCUGGAAAACUUUAUGCUGGGCCUGAAGUGGAUAUUUGGAGCUGCGGUGUUAUUUUGUAUGCUCUUCUUUGUGGGGCUCUUCCUUUUGAUGAUGAAAAUAUUCCCAGCCUCUUCAAGAAAAUAAAGAGUGGAAUGUACACUCUUCCAAGCCACUUGUCUGCUGGAGCUCGUGAUUUGAUUCCAAGAUUGCUACUAGUGGACCCUAUGAAGAGGAUAACCACGCAUGAGAUACGACAACAUCCUUGGUUCAAAAAAAAUCUUCCUCGCUAUUUAGCUGUCACGCCACCCAAUGCAAUGGAACAUCUAAAAACGCUUGAUGAAGAAAUCAUUCAACAAGUUCUUAGGUUGGGAUUUGAGAGGGGUCAGCUUAUUGACUCACUGCAGAGCAGGCUACAAAAUGAUGCUACUGUUGCAUACUAUCUUCUGUUGGACAAGCGGUCCCCCAUUUCAAAUGGCUACCUCACUGCUAACAUUCAAGAGUCACCGGAAAUUUAUUCAGCAGCACCUAGUCCAGAUCCUAAUGUUCAAGCCUUUCCAAUUGACUUAAAUUCAUCACCCUGGAUACUAAGAAAGAAGCAAUGGGCUGUCGGAAUUCAGUCCCCAGCACGUCCAGGUGAGAUAAUGACCAAGAUUCUCGGAGCCUUGCAAGGAUUAAAUGUCAGGUGGAAGAAGGUCGGGCACUAUAAUAUGAAAUGCCUCUUCACUCGUGGCAUUCAAAACCUAGACAGCAUGGCCAUUACUAACCACAUGAAUGACAACCAUUAUGUUAAUGGCAUAACUUCCACCGGCACAAAUGGGUCACAACAAAGUUCUGCUGUGAAGUUUGAAAUACAGCUUUACAAAACCAGCGAAGUGGAGUACGUGCUUGAUCUACAGAGACUCAGUGGCCCUGUGUUCCUCUUCUUGGAUUUUUGUGCCUAUUUCAUGACGCGGCUUGAGUUCAUUAGUAUGUUUACUUCCGACAAUAAGUUUGUAACCUCCAUGUAAAUAUUUCUAUUUUCAAUGGUAGAGUAAGACCACUUGUUAGGAUUAAAUUGUGUUGGAAUUACGAAAAUUUUAACUGGGCUUUGUAUAUAUUUCCACAUAAUUUUGUAUACCACUAGCAGCUUUGGUUUGAUUA